AUGCUGUCCCCGCAGAGCAAGCUGCGCAUCUUCCUGAGCCCGGUGCUCAUCACCAUCUUCGCCGCGAGCUCAAACGAGCUACGCAUCGCCAUCGGCACCCUCUUCUCCUGGGCCCUAGGCCACGUCCUCAUCCGCCGACUCUCUUUGUCGAUCUCCUUUCGACAAGCCCACAACACCUACAUGAUGGUGUCGUUUGGCCUGCUGGCGGGCCUAAACGACCCAUUCUGGGAAAACACCUUCGGCCGCCUCCUCGACCUCUUCUUCGACCGAUGCCGCUUCGACCCAGACGUGCCUGGGUCGGGCUUCACAGACUGGCACGAAACCUUCCGCCGCCGAAAGGCAUACGAGAUCGAUCUCGUUUGGCAAUACCUCCGCACCGCGCUCUUCUGGUCCUUCGUCGCCGUUUUCCUCGCCGUUGCCGUUCCGCUUGUCCGCUGCUUCACUCAUGAGAGUCAGACGACGAAACUGGAGCGGGCCUUCGCAUACAUGAGGGAUCACCCUGGCGAGCGACCUCCCUGGAUGUGCAAGCAGCCAGAGGCCACAGUGGUGUCCAAGAGGGACACAAGAUACAACCGCCUGAGCAGCGAGCUCAUCUUCGUGUGUGGCCCUGGUGGUGGGCUGGAGACGGUGAUCGAUGGCGACAUCGAAGGCGCGAUCUCUCGCCGGCGGGCACUGAGGCCGAGGUUCGCAUGA